GAUCAUUGUAUCUGAGAAAAGUCAUUGUAAUUACGCGCUAGUUCUUGCUCUCAAACGUUUAUCGUCAAUCCAGUAUAUAAUGUAAGGAAAGUCUGGGAAAUUAAUUAGUGAUGAUCGAUCGGCAUGGCUUCUAAGGUCCUCAUUAUCGUGGCUGCAUUCCUGGCAAUUGCGGAGGCAGACCAAGGCCCAGUCCUGGGUUUGGGUGUCCGGCAACUAGGCCUCCCUCGAAUCGUCGGAGGAAGUGAAGCAGUCAAGGGAGCUUUUCCUCAUCAAGCAUCGUUGCAGUGGGGCCUACCUCCACUGCUAGCCUACAGUCACUUCUGCGGGGGAUCGAUCAUCAACGAGCGCUGGGUCCUCACCGCAGCUCAUUGCGUCGCAGCUGUCCCCAGCUACGGAUGGUUCGUUGUGAAGCUCGGAAAGCACUCAUUGAAGGAGAACGAAGCGGAGGAACAAAUCAUUCCGGUUGUUUCCUCAUUCGUUCACGAGAACUACACAGGAGGUGUAGCUCCCUUCGACGUGGCCGUCUUGAAGCUCAAGUCCCCAGUGAUUUUCAACAAGAGGGUGGCUGCCAUCGCCCUCCCGAAGGCCGGAGCACGACCCUCUGGCAAUGUGACCCUCUCAGGAUGGGGGUCAACUGCCCCCAGUGGAUCAGGACUGCCCGCAAAGCUGCAAACAGUUCUCCUACCUGUUGUGGAUUUAGCUACUUGCAAGAAGAAACUUGAGGAACUCGUGGGGCCUUCACCCCUUCAUGACAACAACGUGUGCACUGGGCCUCUUAGUGGAGGAGUCUCUGCUUGCAGCGGAGAUUCUGGCGGUCCUUUGAUCGCUAAAAAUGGAUCGAGAUCGGAAGUCGUGGGAAUCGUUUCCUGGGGAAUCAUGCCCUGUGGCAGUGUAGGAGCUCCAUCGGUCUACGCUAGGGUAUCAGCGUUUAUCGAUUGGAUCCAGAAUACCAUGGCCGAAAACGAAAUAAAGAACUCGACUAAAUACUCUAUCCCGUUUUUGAUGGGUUUGCGGCAGAGAAAAAAUUGCGGAGAAUCACGUAUCAACGACCAAAUCUUCCUGGACGCUAGAAUUAUCGGAGGAGUGGAAGUUGUGAGGAACUCGUACCCCCAUCAAGUAUCCCUCCAAUGGGGUUUUCCGUCCUCCACAAAUUCCAGACACUUUUGUGGAGGAAUAAUCGUAAAUCAAUCGUGGAUUCUGACAGCUGCCCACUGUAUCGAUGCCAUCCCCGAGAUAGGGGGACUAGUCGUAAGAGCUGGCAAACAUGUUCUCAAUCAAGUGGAGACUACGGAACAGUCCAGGAGAGUUGCUGCAACUUAUGCACACGAGAAUUUUAUUGGAGACGUCGCUCCUUUCGAUAUAGGCCUCCUCAGACUGACAAUGCCGUUGACCUGGACUACUGCAGUGCAACCGAUAAAUCUUCCGCAGCCCGGAACGAUCCCAACCGGGAACGUAACCGUGACAGGCUGGGGCGCGACAGACCCCAGUGGAGGAAACCUGGGGAACAUCCUUCUUUCCGUGGAAAUUCCUUUGAUCUCAUUACGCACCUGCAGAAGAGCUCUCAUCCCCUUCGGAGGAGCUAAUUCCCUUCACGAAACGAAUAUUUGCACUGGACCACUGGCUGGAGGAUUCUCCCCAUGCAACGGGGACUCAGGGGGUCCACUAAUAAGGAGAAACGGUGCUAAUUGGGAAGUAGUGGGGAUUGUCUCAUGGGGAGUGAUUCCCUGUGGACUGAGAGGUGCUCCUUCAGUUUUUGUUCGAGUCUCGGCCUUUAAUGACUGGAUACAAUCUACCAUUGCAAGGAAUUCUCAGUGAAAAAGUAAAAAAAAAACACUUUUUAAAUGAAUAGGACGUAACAAUAAUUUAUUCUCAUGAUCAUUUAUCAUACAACACGUUUUUGCAUUUUGUUUUUUUCCUCUUACGUGUACGAAUUGAGGUAUCGUUACUUCAUAAACGCAAUAUCAAUUACCUGACAAAGUAAAUGCGAAUUCACUGACUGCAUGAACAUUUAUAACGUGAAUUCUCAAGUAUAUCGAUAAUUAAAAUAAUAAAAUUCGUCUGUACUGACACUUUUUAAUCGCCUUAACUCACAAAGUGAAAUCAAGACAGAAAAAAGGAGAGAAAAAUACUAGGUUCGAGACACCGUUUUCCAUUGCACGCUCGCAACGAUUUAUCUCACGUCUUGUUGCAAUCUCUGAAUAACCAGAGAUGACACAGACGACAAAUUAAAUUAAUAAGCCUGAGCUUCCAUCCAAUAAAUUACCUAAGCCAACCGGCAAUUAAUUCUAUAAAUAAUAGUGCACAAUUCUCCAUUUUUUCUAAUUAAAUUACAAGUCUCAAAUUAUUCAUGACGAAAUUAUCAGACUCCUUACCUAAAUAUCUCCGCCGUUAACAAUUCCAUCCACAUGAUUAAUAUUCAAUCAUAAACCCUCUAAAUCUCCAAAGUAUUCCGAACAAAACCAAUCGUAUAAUUUGCUCUCAGUCACAGUAUAAAUACACUCGGUCCGCUCGCAUGGCUAUAGGUGGGUCUGAAAGGGUGGAAAUGAAAAAAAAAUCAGGAUGAGGUAUUUUCAAAAAACUCCAAAAAUAUAACCAAAAAUCCACAUAUCAAUAAAAGAAAAUAAAACCAUCAAAAAACCGAUGAAUUGUUAAUUUUACAUUUACAAUUGCCAACGAGCGUUUAAUAGAAACGAUGCCUCGAGUGUAAUAAUAUUGGAAGGGCAUACUGUUACAUUAAUUAUAAUUAAUUAUUGAGACAAUUGUAAAGUCAAUCAUCGUCAUUAUCCCUUCGGUUUUUAAUCAUUCAUUUUUUUUUGUUCGAAUAAAGUAAAAGAACUCUGCAAAAGCUUCGCUCCUAAGCAAUGUACACAUCCUCCUCACUUAUUCAGCUCACUCACAAACAUAUUUUCCGCAUGAUUUGCAAGCAAUAAUCGACAAUUUGUUCUUCCUAUGCAGUAAGUACUCCGCCCAUUCAUUUAGCAGACAUUCGAGUGAAUCAACGAGAGAGAAAGAGAGCUUAACUCGAUAUCGAUUAACAAUUGGCCACCAUUAUCUAUUAAUUAAUUCAAGAUCACCCAUGAAAUUGCAAUUAACGUAAUCCCCGUGCACGUCUAACUACAUUACAAGUACGUAAUAUACAGUGAUGCUUGGUGUAAUACUAUGAUUUAUUUUUUUGUGAUUUCCAUUCCCGGUUUACCAUAUGUUUUGAGUAUUCUAAUGUGACUUCUUACAAUAAUUAGGCCGCUCGAAAGUCUACAUAUGCAGCACAACGCGCUGAUACCAUUCCUCCGUACCUGUAUUAACUCGGAUUAUUUAGGGUAAUUUAGCGAUAAAUGUGGAUUGAGAGAGAGUAUUAGAAAUAAAACCAGGGAACUAAGUGUUAUUUGGAUUCUACUUGCUUUCAAAUCGAAUCGAGAGGAUAAUUUUUCGAAAUUCUAAAAAUCCUUGGGAAACAGAAAAUUAAUUCAGUUCAUUCACAGACAGAAGGAUUUCUGUGGAAAUAUUCUCUCUAGCGGAAUAAAUUCUCACUGAGAUAUUUCCCUCCAAAAUUCCGGAGAAGUAAUCUUCACCUCACGACAAAUUAAUCCGAAUGAAUACAAAAUAAUGAAGGAUUCUCUAAUCUAACCAUCACUCUCCCAAAUUAGUAAAAAAUAUAGCAUCUUCGAAUAAUCAAUUCCAUGAUUCACGAGUAAUAAACAAAUCGAACUAAAAUUAAAUAUCAACGAGAUAUGUCUGGCAGACAUUUGCGUAAUUCCAUUGAAUUGACAUGAUAUAAACUUUCGAUUGAAAUGGCAAGACGGCAAUCCCACAAUUAUUUGAUUGACACAUUAUUGUAAUCAGUUAAACGGGCAUGAGUGUUUAUUUUCAUUAAUUAUUAAAACUUCAAUAUCUUCGUUAAUGGAGAUUAAUUCAACGUCGACGAGGCUUCCUCGGCUUCCUCGUUCGCUCGGCCUCUAAAUGAGACGAGCUGCUAUCCUCCGAGCCGGAUCCAUUCCGCCAAUCAGUUAUCUCUGUUCCAUCCAAUUUCCCAUGCGAUCCACCGCUCUGUUUCUGUAUUUUUUUUAUUUCUUUUUUUCAUUUCGUGGUCUAUCUUUUGGUAAUUAUACUCAAUUGUUAUUUAGUUCUGACCCAACAUUUACAGAUUAAAGUAACGGCACAGAGAAAGCAAGCACAUUGAUGGUGAAAAUUAAUAUGAACCAGCGGAUAUGUGAUUAAUGCAAUUGUAAAGUGAGAGGAAAAGGGAAUAAAUCAUUUCAUUUUACAAUUAUAUUUGACAAAUAUCGAAAAUUGGUUUUGAUAAAUUGAAAGACGUGAUCUCCCCACAAAUG